ACGAAAAUGCGCUACGUAAAAUAGUGUGCAUAAAUGAGUGACAGACUCUUGUAAUCGGUGCAUUUGCUAGCAACACACAAACAGCUUCUGAUGCGUGUACUGUGUGCAUCGAUCAUCGAUUCAAAUAGGUUCCAUCUGCAGCAAAUUGCUGUGAAAAGUUUUUGUUUUUUUGAAGAAAAAUCUAACAUUUCAAUUAGUUCAAACGUUGUUUAAUACUUCAAUCGAACUUUGAGUCGUUUUCCCUCGUAAAUUCGGUGUGAACAGUAAAACAGUGCGGAAAUUGUGUUAGCAAACGGAGUUUGUUUUGACAGUAAAGUAUCGAUUUGCAUAUUUCGGGAUUUCGUUUUCGAUUUUUUUUUUCUCUGUCUCCAAUUUAAAAAAAACAAUGGAUUCGACUGCCUUAAGUCUUGACGACAUUAUUAAGAAGAAGAAGAUCACAAAAGGUGGUUUUCGCAACAAAAAACCGAUCAACAAAACCAAGAAUCCGAUUAGUUCUAGUGGCGGCGGAGGUGCGGUCAAGAAAUUUGCACCGAAACAAGUUGUCAAAGCCAAGCCGGUUCUGGAUGCUCGUAAUAAAAUCAUCCAGAAGAAUCGCGCUAAGAUUCAUGAUGCCCGUGAUAAAUUGGCACAAAUCGCAAAACGUAGUGGUGAUGCACGCCUAAAAUUGUUACAGAAGAAUAUCAGUUUUUUGAAGAAAGUCGGUGAAUUGGAUGGAGCUGUCAGUGCAUUGAGGCGCCCUUCGAAUCCAAGCGGUGGUUUGAAAACAAAACGUGGUGCUGCAGCAGCAGCCUCCUCAUUGAAACGUGCUCAACCAUACCAAGCUCGUGUUGUCUCGAUCGAUGAUAUGGGCAUGGAUGUGGAUGAUAUGGAGUAUUUCCCGACCUCGACUACCUUGAGACGUACGGUGAAGAAUGAAAUCGCAUAUGUUCCCAGCACCAGCACAAUGCCACCAUUGCCAACGUUCAAGUACAUUGAACCUACACGCCGAAUGACCACAGCCACUCGGCCGGUCGACUACGAAGCUGAUCCAUUCGAUUGCUAUGAGGUGCCAGUGGCACGUCCGUAUGACGUUUCGGAGCCACGCAAUUUAAACCGAUCAGUGCUUGGUACUCAGAUGGACUCAUACCAACCCAAAUCGAUUCGUCAAAGUAAUUUGGAAUAUGAACGAUCGUUGCCAUCACAAUACAAAAGCGGAAGCAGUUUGAUGUCGAACAAACGGUAUAUUGCCGAUGAAAAUUCACACUUAUCACAUGAGAUGCGCAACCGUUUGCAACGCGCUCCCGAUAAUACACAGUCAGCUGGUAUUUUCACGAAUCCAUACGCCAGCAACUCACGCGAACGACUCGUCACAAACGCUGGAUAUCGCAUUGUUGUCAGCAAUUUACACAGCAGCGUCAGUCAGAGCGAUAUUAAGGAGUUGUUCGAAGAUGUCGGCCCACUGUUUGAUGCUCGGCUCGUUCGCACCGGAGUGGCCGAGGUCAUAUUCGAGAAAUUGAAGGACGCACAAACUGCUGUUGAUACUUACCAUAAUCGUCAAUUAGAUGGACAACCAAUGAAGUGCUUGCUGGUCAAUCCACGUUCUUCAAACAAACCAACUGCUCCAGCUAUCAAACCAACGAAAAGCAAUUUGACCAAAUCCAGCAAAGUCGAAAUUGACAUUGAUGCAUUACACAGCGUCCUCUUCCGACGCUCAUAAAUCAAAGAGGAAAAAUCAUUCAAAACCAGAUUGAAUCAGAGCCAGUAAAGAGAUGCAGAAUCCUUAGAUAUCGAACCAUAUGCUAAUACAUAGCAUAUUUACUCAGAAUAGUUAGAUGAUGAGAGAAGACUCUGCACUCUAAAUUUAGUUUAAGAUGAUUUUCAUUCGACUAGAUCAAACAAAAUAUUAAAAAAAAAUAAAUAAUUUAAAUGAACGCAAUAUUUAACAACAACAACAACAACAACAACAACAACAACAAAAAGCACGGGCCAAAUGUAAAAUUCUGUAACAAAACUUUAAAGAAGUAAACAAUAAAAAAAAGGAAAUCAACAGAAAUCCAUUAAGAACGCAA